UGCUUUCAAAGGUGUUCGGACCUCACGCACAGGGCUUGUUUCCAGUUUCACAGUUGCCCGACAACCCCAGAACGCGAGACUUUGUGGUACCCGGAGUGGGGUUGAUGGUUCACAACUCUUUGCCUUGAUUCACUCACUCGGAAGCCUCAGGUGGUACAUAAUUGAACAUAACCCAGGCAUCACCUUCAUCUCACCAUCGCCGCCAGUUCAACUGAAGACUUUACGUGAUUCACAUUCUUCAGACCGCACUCUUAUCUAGUCUCUACGAAGACUCUUUAUUGUUCGCCUCUCAACCACGCCUCUAUGUCCUCUAACAUCGACAGCGCAGCGGAUCAGGUUGGUAUCUCUCCUAACUAUGCUAUGCCAAAGACACACGCUGUCCUCCUCGACUCCAAUGCCAUUCUGAAAAUUGAGAAUGCCCGCCUUAAACGCGAGAUCGAAAUCGUUCGCACUAACAUCAAAAACACCACAAAAGACCAUGACGAUCAUCGACAAAUGCACGAUGCGGUAGUUGCCCAAUUUCAGAACCGACUACAAUUGGAGAAAGACGAGGUGAAGAUACAGCGACGAGAGCGCGACAAGGUAGAAGAGGACUGUCGCUCUCUUAGGGCUGAAGUACACAAGCUCCAGGUACAUCAGAUCGAUAGCAACAUCGCCGCCAAACAAGAGGCCAAUCGGUUCAAAGGGCUAGUAGUACAUAUGCAGCCAGAAGAUCAGACUAUGGAACCAAAGAAAGAGAAGGAAGAACCGUCUACCUGUGCGAGGUCUCUCUCACCAAGCGAGUUGUCCCGUUCUAUGCAGGAAUUGAAUUUGGCACCAACCAGGAAAGAAAGCAUCGCGAAGAUGGAGAAUGAGGUGGCCAAGAUGAAGGAAACCAGACUUCGGGAGAUAGAGGACGAGGUCGCAAAACUAAAGGGCGAUGCGACAGAUGCGAUCAAUAUUGAGAAAGAUAAUGCAAGACACGACAUUCGAAUGGUCCAGCAGGAGAAGAAGGACUUCCAGGAGGAGAAGAAGAACUUCCAGCAGGAGAAGAAGGACUUCCAGCAGGAGAAGAAGGACUUCCAGCAGGAGAAAGAAAGAAUCCGGAACACCGCGUCAUCCACGACUCCCACGACCAACCCAUCUCCACCACCCACCGCUAUCGUGCCCAUCUUUCCCGCCCUUGUCCAAUAUCUCGACGCUCGAAACGCAUCAAGAAUCGACCGCUCAACGCCCGCCGGACAUCAGCAAAGUUACGACGAGCUAUACUCUGAAUUUAAACGCUUCACCGAAGAUCUCAUCGCUUUCAUAUACUACUUCCAUCGCGAAAUUGAGGAGCGAUUCCCCAAACCGCCGGCUACGGUAUAUGCACGCUUUGAAAUCAAGUUUAAUGCAGAUGGCGAGCCGUAUAAUAUUCUGCCGAGGGAUAUUGGGUUUGAUAUAGCAUAUUUGGGAGAGUUGUGCGAAAAGUAUCGUCAGCAGGUAGAGUGGCAGAUCAGGAAUGUGGCAGAUCCAGAGAAACGGAUGAGGGGGUUGGAAGAGAUGUAUGAGGAGUUUAAGGGGUCAAAUGGAACGAACGAGGAGCUU